CAAAAGAAAAACAUCCUCCUCGCGUCGCUAAACUCCAAACUCUCCAGCUCCGUAAAACAACCAAACACGCACACCGUCGACGUGGUCGAUCGCGUUGCCACUUUAUUUCCCUCUCUUUAAAAAACCAAAUUAAUCAAAACUAUUAAAACAACCAUACAACCACCAAAAAGAUCUCUCUCCGCUCCUCUCGUCCCUUCCCUCCCAACCUCUGACGCUCUUUGUCUGCAGUCCGAUAGAUCGAAAACAUGAGUCCGAUCGUGUUGACUCAGCUGGCGACGGGUCUGAGCGUGCUGGCCGGGGCGGUCCUGGUCAAGUCCGUCAUGGACCAGAAGCCCAUGGCCGGGCCGUUCCCGAGGUGCCCCAGUUGCAACGGGACGGGACGGGUCACGUGCCUCUGCUCCCGCUGGUCUGACGGCGAUGUUGGGUGCGGUGCUUGCUCCGGGUCGGGUCGCAUGGCGUGCAGAAGCUGCGGGGGGACCGGUACCGGCCGGCCCUUACCGGCCCAACUCAUCGUACGGCCUCCGAACCGUCCUUCUUAACCCGAACAAUCUCAAUUUCUCUUCUCUCUGUCCUGGUGUCUCUUUCCCCGACACCCAUUACAUCGACGUCUUUCGAACUUCCCGAACCCAGACCCACCAGCCCCUUAUCGCAGUCAGCACCGUCUUCGGCUCCGGCUCGCUCCACCUCUUCGCCAACGCCGUCGACGCCUCAAUGGAGUCGGAGCUCUCGAUGCAGAAGAAGGAGCUCAAUGCCAGGCCGGUUUCAGGCGUGGACGUGAUGGACAACGCUCCAUGCCAGGCCGGUGGGUAUGGUUUUAGCCUUCAAUGGUGGGAGGAUUUGAUGAAUGAGAGAGGUAAAGAAAGAGAGUGCGUAGUGUGUGAAGGAGAGAGUCAGAGAGAGAGAGACUUUUUUUUUUUUAUUAUUAUUAUGAAAAUAAUGUAUUAGGUAGCUAUAGUACUACCCAAUGUAGCUACCCAAGAAAGUCCAUGAAUAAUAGGGCAAUUGCUGUGGUGUCAUUUUUUGUAACUUUUUUGAAAUUUUUCCUAUUUUAGGAAAGAGAAUCACUUAUAGGGCAUCUGUUACUAGUAUUCUUA